GCGCAGCAGACCCGCCCACAGCUGACAGCGAGGGCGGACUCGCGUCGCCCGCUUUAAAAUUGACUUGGGAGGAAGAGCUGGGGGAGAGUGAGCGCGGGAGAGAGGAGGAAGCACGCGGGGCCGGAGAGCGCGUCCCUCCCCUUCCCCUCCCCUCCCCUGUCCCGCACGCAGCUCAGCUCAGGAGGGCCGGCCAGUGCCUGCAGCAGAGCGGGGGCUGAGCAAGGCGAUGGCUCUGCCGGAUAACGCCAGCUCCACCAUGGCCAGCGAGGAGACGCCUUUCCCCGAGAUCGUGGAGCUGAACGUGGGCGGGCAGGUGUACAUCACCCGCCACUCCACCCUGCUCAGCGUGCCCGACUCCCUGCUGUCGCAGAUGUUCGGCCGCAAAAACGGCCUGGGACUGGCGAGGGACGGCAAGGGGCGCUUCUUCAUCGACCGCGACGGCUUUCUCUUCCGCUACAUCCUGGAUUACAUGCGGGACCAGCAGCUGGUGCUGCCCGACCACUUCCCCGAGAGGAGCCGGCUGCAGCGGGAGGCCGAGUACUUCGCGCUACCCGAACUGGUCAAGACGCUGAGCCCCAAACUCAGCAAGCAGAACUCCAUCAACGACGACGCCUGCCCCAGCGACCCCGAGGACGGCUCCCCCAACACGGACGCCGUGCGCAGCCUGGCCGCGGCUACAGCGGCCGCCGGCGCCGUCAGCGGCGACAGGAGGAUGGGCUUCAUCACCAUCGGCUACCGGGGCUCGUACACGCUGGGCAGGGACAGCCAGACGGACGCCAAGUUCAGGAGGGUGGCCAGGAUCAUGGUCUGUGGCAAGACGGCGCUGGCGAAGGAGGUGUUCGGGGAGACGCUGAACGAGAGCAGGGACCCGGACCGUCCCCCCGAGCGCUACACGUCUCGCUACUACCUCAAGUUUACUUUCCUGGAGCAGGCGUUUGACAAAUUGGCCGAAGCUGGCUUCCACAUGGUGUCUUGCAACUCGACGGGCACCUGCGCCUUCGCCCACGACCAGACCGACGACAAGAUAUGGACCAGCUACACCGAAUAUGUUUUCUACCGUGAGUGAUCUGCCCAUCACAAACCUCUGUCCACCAACCCCCCAAAGUGAUUAGACCUAAACCCGACCCACCAUCCUUAGAACAGACCCCCUGCUCUUCCAGCUUUCAAACUCCAUGUGCCAUUGCUGCCUCACCUAGUUUACCACGCUCUCCGAUAUAUUUGGAUGGAUGAACUUUUCUAAAGUGUCUGUUGUUUCGUUUUUAAUUUUAAAGACACAAUGCUGUUUAUUAAACUGGUGCAUUUAGUUUUUAUCCGAGCACAAAGUUUGGUCGUGUGUGCGUGUGUUUGGAUGUGGUGCACACUGGGUGUUGGCACAUGUCCCGGUGCCUUCAGCAGCUUAGUUAAUCGCGUUUGACGUAAAAAUAAUCGAAACAAAUAAAGUAAUUCUAGUGGUUAGUGGCAGAGAAAUUGAUGCGGAAUUGAACAGUAGUGGCAUAUAAAAUUAACUGAUUUUGGAUAUUUCAGGUGGGGGUUAUUGAACCUUCAUUAUUUCAUGAACAGCGAACUGCGUAUGUGCUUCUUUCCAAGAAUAUUUAAUGGGGAGGUUACUCCGAGAUGGCGAGAGUGUGUUUCUAUUUACAGCUACACGGGGAUGCCAAAUAGUGAAUUAAAAAAAAAUGCCAUUUUUUUGACAGCGCGGUGUACUAAGUUCUACGAAAUGCGGUUUGUAUCCUAAAAUGUUUGCCAAAUAACGCGUAGCCUUUAAAUAUGAUAAAUGAUUUCAAAUUUCAUAGUGAAAUUAUUGUUGUCAAAAUUUGGAUAACACUGCAUAAAUUUCUGUUAAGACAUUUAUGCAGAUUUCCCAUAAAAUUAAUGUUUCUUAUGAUAUGCGUAUGUGAUGUUGUAUAAAAAUAAAGCUAUUUUGUGAUUAGAACAA